AUGGGAGGUUACGCGGGAGGAGGGUAUUUGGGAGGAGGAUAUAUCAGCUAUUCUGCGGAUAGCAGUCGAUGUGCAAGUGAACAGGGGACGCCUAGGAAGUCGGGAAUGGCAUUUUUGGGGCUUCUUCAUAAGACAAGGACUCCGAAUAGCGGGUCACCCAACAUGGGAGACAUAGGAGACCCAUCGCAUGAAUUAGACAGCUUAUUCACAGGGUCUGCUAAUCCAUUUUUCUGUAAUGCGUCGUUGGCAUUGCAUGAGAUGGUUAGUCCGAAACAGGGGCCAAAAGGGCCCCAAGUCAAGCCGUUUAUCUUCACCCAGUCGCACCAAACGACUACAAACCGACCGGGCCUGGGUACUCGGUGUCUCAUAUGCGACGAUUUUCUUCAAACUAAGCUCCUGGAUGAAAAAAUAGUUGAUUUAAAGUGUGGUGACUUCGUGCACAGUGAAUGCUUUCAAAUCACCAUAAACUAUGAGAUCGAACGUUUGGCAGAAACGUCUUCGCUCAACUCCAACAGCGAUCAUUCGACUUUAAUCCAACAAAUUUUCCCAAAAUGUACAGGCAAGGAGUGUUUGACAAGUGGAGCGAUAACACCUAUGUUACCUAUGGAUGAGAGCUAUGUGGACGAAAUAAUUGUCAAUGCAUUGAUUGCGCAACAGGACCACGAUUCAAAGACGAAGAAUAGUAACCUUGCAGCAUUGGGUUCAACUUUAGAAUCUAAUAAAAAUCGAAAAAAACUUCAAUACGAUUCGUCUCCUACCAUUAGUCCCCUUAUAACGCCAAAGUUGACCAAACAAUUACGGCCAGUUUUUGGUUCGUUCAUUUCGGAUCCAGUCAUUCCAACCCGUCCUUUAAAGCCAAGGCCUAGGGUAUCACUUAUACGGGAAUCUUCUAUCAACACAAGGUCUCCUUCACCCAAUUCUAGCAUUUCUACUAUGAACACUGAGACUAUUAAAAUUACCAAUUACAAAGGAGUAUCUACUGAGGCAUUAAAGGACCAGUUUAUUCAAUAUUUAAUCGACAAUUGUCCUCAAUUCAGUUUAUCGACUCUUUUGAAAUUGGGUCCUUUACGCUUAGUCGAUCAACUUCUAGUAAGCACUUCAAGUCUAAAAUUGUUUGAACAAAAGAUUUGCUAUCUUUUUACGAACUAUUUAGCCAUAUGGACAAUCGAUGGUCCAUAUCCUAUAUUGUUUCCCUUGGAUCCCGAAAAAUUAUCAGUUAGCACACAUAAUGAGUCAGUAUUGAGAUUAAGGACCGCUGAUUCGAGUUCAUGCAUUAAAGAAAUCUUGUUAAAUUCCGAAGUUGAUUCAAUUAUCGAAAAAUGGGUUGUUGCUGUAUCUGAUUUUUGUUUUUGCUUCCCUUCUGAUGUGCUUACAUCAACCAUUAUCUUGCCUAAAUAUAGGAAAGAGGCCUGUUCUAUUGAUGAGGUACUUUUCCCCAAACCUUGUGCCCGCCGAAAUAGUUCGAAUACAGUUUCUUCCGUUAAGAAAAGUAAUUCUACAAUUGAUGUGAUUGAUAUCAAUAAUGAAACUCCCAUUAUUUCAAAGCUUUCAUUUCCAUCGCCUUCUAAAGUAAACAUAUCCUAUGCCGAUAGUGACUCUGAUAGCGAUUCUGACCUCGAAAAGAUUACAAAUGCGCUAAAUUUAGAGCAUCCUUCAAAGAAUUCAGUUAUUUCAAUGAUUCAUGAUAAUCCUUCUUAUCAUAGCAACAAAAAUCAAGAAACUGAUAGUGACGAUGACGAUUCUGAUCAAGAAUUGAUCGAUGAUAUUCUAAAGCAAAACGAGAAACAACCGGCCGAUGGUUGCGAAAACGGAUGGAAUGCUUUGUUCGCAGAUAUCACUCUCGCGCUCGUUAAUAAUCAGAACUACUAG